AUUUUGAUUACAGCCAUAUCUUGGCAGUGGAUCGGCGCUCUUUGUUAUAGACGAUCCCUAGAUCCUGGUCUACAGCGUGGAGGGCUUGUGAUAAUCAAGAAGGCUGAUCAACGAAGAAGACGAAGACGAAGUGGUAGAGUGGCUGCUUGUUGCCGUGCGGUUACCAAAAAGUACUCAAAAUUGAUAGAAAGAACAAAAAGGCUGCUGCAACUGGUGCCUCAGCCGGGGACCAGCCGCCGCGCAAAAAGGGACGUCGUUCCGGAGGAUCAAUAUCCGUUUCCGUUUCCACUUCCGCUUCAAUCGUAGAUUCGAACGCAGCAUCGACGUCCAGAGCGGCUCUACAGCUCAGUUCGAGUUCAAGCACGAGGAAGUCAUUCAAUUCGGACACACAUCCAGCAAGACUGCACCAAAACUCGUCCACACAGACAAGGAACAGCAAUAGUAGCCAGACCAGCAACGAUAAUAGCGCCAUCACUUAUAACGAUUCGGGUAUGAAUAUGCAGAACAAUACAGCGUUGUCGUCCUCCGCGGCUGGCGGUGCAGGGCCUGGCUCCUCAGAUGGCUCUGGGUCCGCUGUCGAGCUGCCACCAGGUGCCGAUCAUGUCACCAAUGAGAGUGGCGGGGCUGGAGCUGAUGGAGCAACCGAUGAUGGGGCUCCAGCAUCCAGCGGACAUAGCAAUAAUACCACAAACGGACAUGAUGUGAAGCACAAUGGAUUCGCGGCCAAUAAUAAUGGCAGCAACAAUAGCUGUGCCGUUGAUGGCGACAAUCGUGAAAACAGUAGUGGCUACAGUGGGGUGCACUUGGACAAAUCAAAUCAGGAGAUCAUACGAUUGAUUGGUCAAUAUUUGCACGACGUGGGUCUGGAGAAGUCGGUGAAGACUCUAAUGGUUGAAUCGAAUUGCUACUUGGAGCACCCAUCGGCUACCAAGUUCAGAGAGCAUGUUUUGGUUGGCGACUGGAUCAAAGCGGAUGCUGAUCUCAAGGAUCUGGAGCCAUUGAUCGAUAAUGGCAAGUCGUCAACAAUUACUGAAAUGAAAUUCAUAUUGCUGGAACAGAAAUAUUUGGAGCAUUUGGAUGAUGGCAAUCCUUUGGAUGCCCUUCAUGUGCUGCGUAGCGAACUGACGCCUCUGCAGCAUAAUAUAUUGCGUGUUCAUCAAUUAUCCUCGUACAUGAUGUGUUCGACCAAUCACGACCUCUAUCAACGCGCCAAGUGGGAGGGAAAGGGCAUUGCAUCGCGUGCCCUUGUCAUGGAACGCCUACAGACAUUUAUGCCGCCAUCGGUUAUGAUGUCCCCACGUCGCCUACGCACGCUGCUCCAACAGGCGGUUGAGCUGCAAAGUCAGAACUGCCCUUGUCACGAUAUGGCCUGGGAGACCAAUUUACAGACGGUCUCGUUGCUAACCGAUCACUGCUGCACCACAGAUGGGUUUCCCAUGCAGACAAUACAAGUGCUCACCGAUCACUGUGAUGAGGUGUGGUUCUGUAAGUUCUCACCCGAUGGCCUGAAGCUGGCCACGGGCAGCAAAGACUCCACUGUGAUCAUCUGGGAUGUAGAUCCAUAUAAGCUGACGCUUAAACAUCGCCGUGUGCUCGAUGGCCAAGCGCAACUGAAUGUUAGCUUUGUUAGCUGGAGCCCAGACUCGAAACUGAUUCUAGUUGGUGGCACUGAGGACUCGCAUGAGCUAUUCAUCUGGAAUGUGGACGAUGGAAAGUUGGUCGUCAAGUUUUCACAAUCCCUGGAGGAUAGUUUGGCGUGCGGCACUUUUAGUCGCGAUGGCAAUCACUUUGUUUGCGGAGGACAAAAGGGUCAGCUCUAUCUAUGUGAUCUAAACGGCACCCUUCUCGAUUCCUGGGAAGGAGUGCGCGUAAACAGCGUCGCCUUUCGGGCGGACAACAAAACCAUAUUAGCAGCCGAUAAUCACUAUCGCAUAAGAGGCUACAACUUUGAUUCCCCGCGCUCGGACUUUGAUAUAUUGCGCGAAUCACAUCCAAUUAUGACGUUCAGCAUCAAUUCAGCCGAUCGUUUGGCCCUGCUGAAUGUCUCCAAUCAAGGCCUGCAUCUCUGGGACAUUGAGGACAAGUGUCUGUUGCGACGUUUUCAGGGAAUUAGGCAGAGCAACUUUGCCAUUCAUUCGUGCUUUGGUGGCGUUAACGAGAGCUUCGUGGCGAGCGGCAGCGAAGACAAGGUUGUGUACAUUUGGCAUCUUAAGCGUGAGGAGCCGCUGGCCAAGUUGGCCGGUCACACCAAGACGGUUAACUGCGUAUCAUGGAAUCCAGUUUAUCCGUCCCUACUAGCCAGCGCUAGCGAUGACGCCACAGUGCGUAUUUGGGGUCCGAAGCCCACAGGCAGCAGUGCAACGACCGAAAGCGAUGACUGCUCAUCCAGCUCAUCGUCGUCCUCGUGA